GCCCGGGCGCAGCGCCGAGAUCAGCUACGACAGCCAGCUGGGCGAGGAGCUCGCCACGACGGGCCUGCUGUCCGACUCCGCGAGCACGGCGUACCCCUCGCGGCCGAACACGGCGGGUUCCAGCAUGGCGUGCCUUGCCCGGACCAUGUCGCAGGCCUCGUCUUCGACCUACGCCUUCGACCAGUCCGCAGCAUUGCAAGGCAGAGCUGCGUCAUCCUCGUUCCAGGCUCAGGCUGGCGACGCGUCCCCGGCCGCGACCGUCGCCAGCUCCGUGGCGGCUACGCCGACGGCCGCG